AACUACGGUCAUAAGAAAACAGAAUAAAAUAAACAACGACGUUAUUCCACUUGACCUUGAAUAGAAUCAUGGAGCUUUCCGAUGAGUUCAAAAUUAAAGCAUUUAAAGAGUUACGAGAAGAUGGAACGAGAAAGAAGCAGGCACUAGAACAGUUUCGAGAGUGGAUUUCAAAGCAAGGUCAUAUCACGAAGUGUCGCAUAGACGAUGAUUUUUUACUUCGAUUUCUUCGUGUCAAAAAAUAUUCGAAUGACCAAGCAUUUAAGAUGUUAGAGAAGUAUCUCGUCAGUUGCGAAAGCUACCCACAAUGGUUUCGAAGUCUCAACUUAGAUGACGAACGUAUCAAAGAAAUUUAUCAAAGUGGUUACAUAUUUCCGCUUAAGGAUCGUGAUGAAAAUGGAUGCAGAGUAAUUCUCAUACGGGCGUGCAAACUUGACACUAAAAAGUUCACAUUUGCUGAUAUACUAAAAUCAAUUAAUUUCGUCAUAUUCACACUUUUGGAAGAAGCUGAAACGCAAAUUGCCGGAUUCGUUUUCAUCGUUGAUCACAAAAAUAUCACCAUGGACUAUGUGACCCUUUUCUCAAUUAUCGACUUAAAAAAUUAUUUGAAAUGUAUUCAAAGUGCAAUUCCUUGUCGUCAAAAACUUGGCCUUUUUGUGAAUCUCCCAUCGUUUGCAGUGACAUUGACCGAAAUCGGAAAAGCAUUUAUUAGCGUUAAGCUAAGAGAACGCGCUUUUUUCUACAAAGACAGUAAACACUUGAAAGAUCAUGUUAAUUUGAAAAUAUUACCGGAAGAAUACGGAGGUUGCAUAUCAACAGAAGAUAUGAUUGAGGAUUUCAAAACAAUUGUAGAAAGAAACAAAACGAAACUUAAGACUUCAGACGAGAUAAAUAUCGAUUUGAAAUGUGUAAAGGAUGGAGAAAGUGACGUAGUCAACAGCUUCAGAAUGUUAGACAUUGAUUAGGGUUAAUAUACUCAGUUACGUGGAAAAUUUGGGUGAUAAUAUUUUUAUUAGGGUUUCGGAUCGUAUUAAUCAACUCAAAUCAAACAACAAUAAAAAUAAAUUACUUUAAGGCGAAAAGGUUUUGUAAUGAUAACGAUUUUUUUGUUGAAGAAUUUCAAUAAAAACAUUCAAACU